GUCCAUUCCAUAUGAUAUGAUCAGAUUCAGACCGAGUCCACCACCAGUUGGUGAAAAACAUGAUUGGCCACUUCAUUUUUCAAUUAAAACGAUUGAUAACAACCCUUCCCAGUUCCCAUCCACCCCCUAAAAUUCAUUAACACAGACAACAAUUCAAAUAUCUUACAAGCACUAGAGAAGAUGCCGUUCAACGGUGUACUAGUGGCGUCGACGGCCAAUGCAUCGGCAGAGCUGUGGCAGCGCCUAGCGUGUCUGUCGGAGAGGAUAAGCAGUGAUCGGAUGCUGGAUUUGGUCCUCUGUUUUCCUCUACAGCAACUAGGGCGCUGGGCUCUCUACGUGUGGACUUACCUCUGCGUCUCCCCCUACCCUCACCGUCGUCACUACGCGACUUCCUAUUACAGCGAUGAUAGUUUCGAUGAGGAUUCCGACGACGACAGUGCUUUGUCCUCCGCCAAUCCCCAAUAUGUGUACCGUAGUUGUAGCAGCGAAACUGGCGGUCACUACGAAUAUUCUUCCCAAUCUGAUUAGUCUGUGGUAGGCAGCUGAUUUUUUCCUUGUACAGUUAUUAGUAUCACCACCAACCCUGUUCUUGAUCUCUUCUUCCUCUUGAUUGGCCUUCACUUUUGCUAUUAUUACACUUGUACGACUUUAAAUAAAUAGAAAAUUUUGAUGAUCAUAAAUUUCUCUGCAAUAUAUAUUUUUUC